AUGGCGCCUGCGCAGUCAUUUGUGUCGUCGUAUGCCCCUCGACUGCGGCAGUAUGCCAAUACUCUGAUACAGCCUGUCGCGCAGACACAAAGUUUAGCACAGGGCGGUAGAACAACCAAGCGUGGCACGACCAUAAUCAAUUACGCCGAUGAUGCCUAUGAUGACGAUGAUUUCGAUGAUAGUGAGGGUCCACGGCGGCCAACGGGCCUGCGAUCCAUACGAAGGGAGGAUCUUGAGAAGAAAGAACCGCAGGCCGAGAAAUUCGGCAAAGAGAUCUCUGCGCCUGUCGAUUUGCAGCCUAUACAACGCGACUGGAUGACCAGACGAGUGGUUAAGCCUGCAACCGACAGAGAGGCGCAUAUUCAGGCCCAGCUGCCGACUACCUUGAUCCCCAUACGCAUCGAUCUUGACAUCCAGUCAUGGGUACCAGAUGCACCAUAUACGCUCCCUCAAACACAGUAUCCCAACAACUACAAUUUCGCGCUGCCCAUGUACAAGAGACCCGAGCAAGUGCCCAGUUACAAGAUCCGUGAUAUCUUCCUCUGGAAUCUGCAUGAGAACCUCAUCACGCCCGAAGAGUUUGCUAUUACGUUUGUCAAAGAGCUCGACUUGAAUGUUCCGGAGCAGAAGAAGUACAUCGAUGAGGUGGCGAAACAGAUCCGGGGACAGUUGGAAGACUACGCCGGUAUCGCGCUGCAUCCGCUCUUCUUCACCCAGCCCCUGAUUCAGCAGGGUCUUCUCAAUGGCGCGAAUGGAGCGCCUAGCUUACAGGAUGGGCGGAUGCUCAACGGCGAUUCGCAGGUUGGUACACCAAGAGCUCAGAUUGGAGCGUCGAUCUCAAGGCCAGCUUCAGCAACACCCGCCACCAAUACACCUGCUCCAUCAACUCCUCAACCUGCUGCGCUCCCUGCUGGUGCGCUGGUAGAAGCAUCUGCAUCACUGGUUCCGGCCGAGCAACAGAAUAUACCAGUGGAGACUGACCCCUCGUUAAACCCUGACGACACAUAUCGGUGCAUUGUCACUCUGUCCAUCUAUCUUGCUUCGAAGCUUUACCAGGACAAGUUCGAAUGGUCAUUGCUCCAUCCCCCGGGAGCCGCCGAAACUUUCGCCAGAUUAACGUGCGCUGAUAUGGGGUUGGGUGGUGAGUGGGUGCUCGCCAUUACGCACGCCAUUUACGAGGCUGUGCUCAGACUCAAGAAAGAAGCGUGCGAAGGUGCUAUGAUUUUGGCAGGCGAGAUUGACAACCAGGCCGUUCGAAUGGAGGAGGGCGCCGGCUGGCGGUACGAUAUUGAUGACUUUGGGGCGGAAUGGGAACCAAAGUUUGAAGAGCUCACCAAAGAAGAGAUUGAGAAGAAGGAAGGCGAUAGAGAGCGUCAGUUGCGCAGGCUACGAAGAGACGCAGCCAAGCUCACAUCCAACGCUGGCAUGUUGCCUACAGCACGAGAGCAAGAAGCGCAGCUUCGAGGCAGCUAUUUCGAUAUGCCUGGCCUGGGCAACAUAGGCGGCGACGAGACACCUCUCUUCGGUAGGGGCGAACGAGCCAAGAAGAAGAGGAGAUUCCGGUCGCUGAGUCCGCUGGCUAAAGCCGGUACCCCCGACGUAUCUAAUUCAGCUGGGGCGGCCUGGGGCGGCGAGAACAGCAAGUUGACUGAGGACGAGAAGCGCACCUGGCGUUGUCGACACUGCUGGAUCCCUGCUGGUGCUGUAUGGGCCGUCAGAGACGGCCCGCUUGGGCCUAGGACCCUCUGUAACAACUGUGGCUUGCUCUAUGAGCGCGACAAAAAGCUGCCGAUUUGGUCCAGAGAUCUACACAAGGGCCUCGGCAGGUAG